UCUUAAACCCAUUUCAAAUGAUUCUAACAAUUAUACAUUCAUCAAUUAUAUAUUCAUAAAUUAUACAUUCAUAAAUUAUAUAUUCAUAAAUUAUAAUAUUCAUCAAUUACAUGUGAAAUUAAAUAAUUUUGGAUUACACUAUAAAUUCCUUCACGUUUGGGUGAGAUUACAAAUUAAAAUGUGUCCCUGUUUAAGGUUAGGGCCAGGAAUCUCAGGCAAAUCGAAUUUACCCAAUCUCAGCGGGGAAUCACCAAAUGAGCCCAGUUACACAAUUGAGCCCAGUUACACAAAUGAGCCCAGUUACACAAAUGAGCUCAGUUACACAAAUGAGCCCAGUUACACAAAUGAGCUCAGUUACUCUGGACCAGGUCGUAGGAUAAAGUCUUUGGAGUCUGAAUUCUUGUCAAUUUUAAGCUCCAUUGACCUUAAAAAGACCUUUAAACUUGUCAGACAAUAAUUUUAUACAAUUUG